GCCCCUCCCACACAUACAGAACCUCAACAAAUGGACAAAAAUGGACAAUAAUGAGGAGGAGCAGAUUCCCCAGAACACCCCAGUCAAUGGGAAGAAUUAUGAGUGGCAGCUGUCAGUUGGCCAUCAGUGGCUGAAAAUUGAAAAUGACCAUGUGAUUGAGACCCACUACUGCCAACCAGGAGCCAAGGGAAUCAGUAUCAAUACAAGCCAUGGGGUGGUGUUCAUAGAUUUUGAUACGUUACAGGCUAAUAAUCCAGGUAUAAAGGUGCAGAGACUAAGCUUCCUUCCUCGGGGGCAGGCGGAAGACAUAGGCUGGUACUUCAGAGAUGACCAGCUGUGGUGUGAAUAUGGAACACAGGGUUCCAACACCACGUCAUCAUCAGUCAGCAGUAGACAAGUUGAACAGCAGUUCACCACGAACCCUCAGGGAACCUUCAGAUUUACAGUGGGCCGUACACCCUACUUGAUUGAUUUCUCCACCAUGACACAGAAAAACCUCAUCACAGGCUUACAAAGGAAGCUGCGCAGGCGUCCAAAAUUAUCCUCCAACACUGGAGCAGUUGGCUUGACCUCAGACUUGCCUGCAGCUUCCUCCUCGCAGACCGGUUCUGUGGGCUACAGGUGGGAAUUCAUGGGAGUCAGAGAGCAAUGGACAGAAUACCAAGCACAUAUAUGUUCAUUUGACAGCGCUGCUAUUGAGAGACAGUACCAGCUGAACAAACAGGGCACACUGAAAUUCAAGAUUAACAGAUAUUCAUACACACUGGACUUUUCAGGUAUGUACCAAGUCAACAACAAUUUAGGGACAAGAAGAUCAGUUAGAAGGACUCCUAUAUAUGGUGUUCAGCAGAACAUCAGUUCAGGCCCUCAGCCACAAUGGCAGUUCCUAGAUAUGGAUGGAUCAUGGAAAGAUUAUUCCAAAGGAAUAUGCAGCACAUCCAGUCAGGAGAUUGAGUUCCAGUACAAACUAAACCCAUCAGGAACUAUGACAUUUUCCACCAGGAACUUUAGCUAUGAGUUAAGCUUCUCAGCCAUGACUCAGAGAAACCUGAGCACGGGCACAACCAGAACGGUGAGAAGACUUAAUCAGUGACUGAGCGGACAACAGAUUUGUAGGUCGGGGGUCAACUUAAUGAUGAUCCUACCAGUUGUGUCACUGCCCACCUCAGGUUGGCUCUCCUGUCAGAAACUGCCUCCUGCCUUCCUCCUGCCUUUAACUUAACACAACUGAUAGACAUUUACUUUGUCCCCUCUGAAGACAUGUUGUUUUUAAUGCAAGCGUUAUAAAUUUUAUUUUUCCACAUUUAAGAUGACACUACGUUUAGUGUUAAGCAGUAAAAUGUAUUUCCUGUAUCAGUUUUCUACAUUUCUGGGUUUAGGGCUGGUUUUAGCAGAUUAUUCCAUAUUUAAAUAAGUGGAAUCGUUUACAAAUAAAUCAGUGGGAGGAAAAAAAAAAAAAAAACUUCAGUUAACUUUAAGCCUUUUGUUAACUUAACUGUGGUUUCAUAAAAUGCAAUAUGUUUUAGUAAAUCUUCAAAUAUUCACAAGUUGUUGUAAUGACUGGAAUUUUUAAAAGUUUUCCCUUUUUAUCCUUUGCAUGUUUUUAAGAAUUUAUUAAAAGUGCCUUUUAAUCAGUGCA